AUGUCGAAAACCACACCGACACAAGAUCCAGCCUUAGCUUCACGAUGGCCCACGGAAUUUCCGCCCAGGCGCGUCUCAUCCCAAAGACGAAAUCAAAAAUCCACUGCGUGUGAAGCCUGCAAGGUCAAGAAGAUCAAGUGUUCUGGCGGUCCACCGUGCGAAAGUUGUGUUCGAAAUGGUAUCGAGUGCGUCGUUGACGAGACACAAGAUGGUCGUCGCAAAAUAGCAAUCAAACGAACAAUCGACGAUUUGGAAAAGGAUCGAGAUCUUCUACUGGAUCUGGUUGCCAGUAUGCGUGAUGGCAAAAACACCUACGUGGAACAACUAUUGAGUUUGAUUAGGGGCCAUGGUUCGCUCGGCGAGAUCAGAGCGUAUAUAGAUGCACAAGUUCGAGAAGCACAUAUCGAACAGACACCGGAACUCGAGAGACUUCAGCAAGAAAUCCAGGAGUCGAGAAGCGUUCGGGCUCGUGAGAUGAGGAGUAUAAUGGAUGUUCAAAGGUUGUCGGAUAUUCCUGUCCUGCAAAACCCUGGGUCACGGGACAUGCAAGCUGGCCAGCUAGAUUGCGAGUACUGUUCUCCUUUCUUAGUCAACGCCAUUCUUGCUGAAGCAAGUGCUCUAAGCGACUAUGUCGAAGUGUUCACUGAUCGGGAUGAUGCAGCAACUCGGGGCGAAAAGUUUCUCAUCGAAGCAAGAAGACAGCUUUUCACAAUGGACGACUUCGCAACCCUUCCCACAAUUCAGGGCUUGACAAUACUGAGCGUGGUCUACGUUGAUCAAUUCUCGCUACAGAGGAUGUCUAUUAUUGGCAAGGAUCGUUCAGGCUGGAUGUAUCUUGGAAUGACCAUACGUGCUGCUCAAGAGUACGAAAAUUCGGUACUGAAAGGCAAUAUGGAAAAUGGAAAUGAUUCCAUCAGUUACGCUCUCUGGGGUAUCUUCAAUAUGAUCACCACUUACUCCGUCUCUCUGAUGCGAUAUGAAGCCAAACCAUUACCUCGAUAUCCACGACCAAAAUCUAGCCACAACACCAAGUGGGAUGUCUGGUCUCCCUAUCCAAGACAAUCGCAACCAGUUCCGGGGCAUAUAUCUUGCAUCUCACAUGGAUGGUCCGAUUUGAUAAUUAUUGUCAGCCAAAUCGGAAAAUGGAUGUGCAAUAAAGAGGAGCAACUUGGAUCAGAUAUGGCCACAAAAGUCACGAAUUUCUACAAGGAGCUGCAGAACUGGAAAAAAGAUCUACCGACAUGUGUCCAGGCUGAGUCUGCCUCGGUGCCUCAAACACUAUACUUGCAUAUGCAGGAAUAAACAAUCAUAAUGCA